CACACACAAGUUUCAGUCUUCAAUGGGAGUGUACCAGAGACGCCCUUCAUAAUCUUUUUUGUUUUCUUUACGAAUCAAUUAUCCCUUCUUCUUCUUCUUCUUCUUCUUCUUCUGUGAGUCCUUUUUCUUUUUUUUUUUUUUGGUUUCAGUUUCAGAGAUUACGCCAUCCAUUUUUUUUUCUUUAUCUCUGUGUCUUGCAUCAACGAAUGUGCGUCUGAGGGUUCUUUGUUUUGGAAUUUGGUGAGAUGGGUAGUGUCUCCUCCGAUGAUGGCUCCGACCAACUCAGCGAGCGUUGUGGGAGCUACAGUUUGAGUGCGGAUGUCAGUGAGUCGGAGAGUUGUAGUAGCUUUUCUUGCCGGAGGUUUGAUGGGGAAGGGGCUUCCAGCUCGAUGGCCUCUUCCCCACAUCCUGUUUCUGGGAAUUUCUGCUUUCCGCCGCCGGUUUCGUUGCCGGUGCUUGCAGGCAAGGAUGUUUUUCUUUGGGAUGACAAGUCUAAGAAACGGGACGCUGAUUUAUCUGAAGUCGAGAUGAUGAAGGAGAGAUUUGCCAAACUGCUCCUUGGUGAAGACAUGUCAGGGGGAGGGAAAGGGGUUUGCACAGCCCUUGCCAUCUCAAAUGCCAUUACCAAUCUCUCUGCUAGCGUAUUUGGUGAAUUAUGGAGAUUGGAGCCACUGGCACCACAGAAAAGAGCAAUGUGGCACCGAGAAAUGGAAUGGCUUCUAUGUGUUUGUGAUUCCAUUGUGGAGCUUGUUCCUACAGUUCAGCCUUUCCCCGGUGGAGGUACUUAUGAAGUAAUGAUGUCUAAACUGCGCUCGGACUUGCACAUGAACCUCCCUGCCUUAAAGAAGCUCGAUGCAUUGCUGCUUGGUAUUCUUGGUGGGUUUUGCCAUACAGAAUUUUGGUAUGUUGAUCGGGGGAUAGUUCUGGGCGACUUAAAUGACUGUAACGAUUUCCUGCCCGGUGGAAGGCCUUCAAUCAGGCAAGAAGAUAAGUGGUGGCUUCCUUGCCCAAAAGUUCCAGCAGAUGGUCUGUCUGAAGAUGCCAGAAAGAGGUUGCAGCAGUGCAGGGACUGUACUAAUCAAAUACUCAAAGCAGCCAUGGCAAUCAAUAGUAACGUACUUGCAGAAAUGGAAGUUCCUACUGCUUACAUGGAAACCUUGCCGAAGCAGAGUGGAAAAGCUUGCUUGGGAGAUAUAAUUUAUCGCUACAUGACUGCCGACCACUUCUCGCCUGAAUGCCUCCUUGAUUGCUUAGACCUUUCAUCAGAGCAUCACACCCUAGAAAUAGCAAAUAGGAUCGAGGCUUCAAUUCAUAUUUGGAGGCAAAAGGACCAUAAAAGAAGUGGUCACCGCAGCAAGGGAAGACGACCAACUUGGAGUGGCAAGGUCAAGGGCAUUGUUGCGGACCCUAGGAAGAGCAACAAUCUGGCCCGAAGAGCCGAGACCCUUCUUGACAGUCUAAGACUAAGAUUUCCAGGAUUACCACAGACAGCACUAGACAUGGCCAAGAUCCAAUAUAACAAAGACGUGGGGCAGUCAAUUCUUGAGAGCUAUUCAAGGGUAAUGGAGAGUUUGGCUUUCAACAUCAUGGCAAGGAUCGACGAUGUCCUAUACGUAGAUGAUGCAAUCAAGCGAUGUGUCGAAGCGGAAUCAAUCUCACUUUUCAACAGAGGUUUGGGUGGUCUUCCAAUCCAGAAACGUAUGUCUCCCAGUCCCUUCUCAAUCCAUCACAGCCCAUUUGCCUCCCCAUUUGCAACUCCAACUUUCUGUUCCUCAACUCCCAUUGGAGGAAGCCCAGGAAGACUAUCCCCAUCCCCGACUGUAAAAAGAAGCAAUAAUAUGAAAGAAACAGUUCUAAGACAAGACAAACAAAGCCAAAGUGAGAAAGAGAGAAUCUGGUCAUAUGCUGGGAAUCUUAGUGGUAGAAGAGUCUCUGGGGUCACUCCAGAGAGAGAUUGAUUGUUAAAAUUUCACCCCCUCUCAUAUUUUUCUUGAAUUGACAGUGGUAAGUAACUUUGUUAGCUUUGGUGAGACCAUUCUACUGUAUAUUAUUACUUAGCAAGUAGAAAUGUAGAAGAGACAGAUUCAGAAGAAGAUGAGAUGAUUUUGCAAUACAUUUUAUUUUGUAAUUAUAUGCAAUGUGUCCAAAAAAAAAAGUGAAUUUGAUGACAACCUUGGCUUAGGAACAGCACGAGGCGAUUGCCAGAGUAAUCAGGAAUAUUUUUGGGAUCA